AGUUCUUCACUACCUGCAACAGGUCUUCGCAGUAUAAAAGAAGCAGAGGAAAGUGACAACGUAACGAGAUUAGAGUGCGUCGAGACGUUUCUGCGAACUGUGGUCACCAUGCCAUGCAAGUAUUCCCAGUCAGACGUGGUACUGAGCUUUUUUGAGGCAUCCAAUUUGGACAUGAUGUUAGGGCACAACCUCGAACCCUCGCAGCUCCUGAUGUACUCUCCCAUCACCGUAUCAGAAGUCAGGAGGUCGAAUGGGUUUUGUUUGGCGAAUACAGAAACCAUCAUCUGUGAUAGCCGUUUGCCAGAUGAAAGACCACUUUCCACAGAUUCUGCCACACCAGAGUAUGAGAAAAGAAGCAUAGCUGUGGAAAAUAGAGAUUCACUUCUUGAUUUGGCUGGAGAAGACAAAAGCGCACCAAAUCCCACCAUCGACAUUAGUCAUAUUACACGGACUGAACCGAAUCCAAUUAUGAAGCCUCCACGCCAAGGGAUGGCCCCAGAGGUUUACAUCAGCAAGAUGACAUACCUCCACAUGGAUGCUCAUGAGACUGACAUACUGGAAUAA